CCAGGCGGGGCUCGUUGCCCCGGGCAACUCGCGCCCAGCGGCCACUUCCGCCGCGCCGCUACUUCCGCUUCCGCCGCCGCCGCCAUGGCCUCAAGGUUACUGCGGGUGAGCGCGGCCGUGCGCCUCCUGCCCGCCGCCACCGCCCGCGCCGCGCCCGUCCGGCACCUCGCCGCGCCCGGAGACCUCGCCAGCGACCAGGAGCAGGCGACGGGGCUGGAGCGGAAAGUGCUGGAGGCCAUGAACAAGGGCCUGGACCCCUACAGCAUGUUCCGGCCCAAGCGCUAUGCGGGGACCAAGGAAGACCCCAACCUCGUGCCCUCCAUCGGCGACAAGCGCAUCGUGGGCUGCGUCUGUGAAGAGGACAACAGCUGCGUCAUCUGGUUCUGGCUGCACAAGGGGGAGGCGCAGCGCUGCCCCUCCUGCGGCGCCCACUACAAGCUGAUCCCCCACGAGCUGCCCCACUGAGGGACCGGCCCGGGGGGGGCCGCACCGGACCCGCCUCAGCACCCUGAGGACGCCCCCCCCCCCGCCCCAGCACCCAUCUGGAGUUUUCGGAGCCGCGCCAUGCCCCCGCGGCGCUCGUUGUGUUGUUUGUGUUCCCCCCUCGUAUAAAAACGAGUUGUGUGUGGA